CGAAUUGUUCCUGAGCGGAAAGUGUUAAACUGUUAGCAUUGACAAGCAGUAAGCGUUAGUGCUGGCUCAUUGGGAGGGACCAGUGUGGCUUAUCUUCCAGACCUGGGUCGGUCCAAAUGCAGAAAGGGCAGAUGUACGAAGGGGCUUCCUUCGUCAGACGUUGCCCCCUCGGGAUAAUUAGGUACUAGCCGAAAGAGAGGGACUCUGAGGAAUGCAAGUGAUGCGGAGGAUCCAGAUCGGUUUCUUGGCGAUGGUGCUGUUCAUGGUCUUGAGUUCCUACUGGUUUAAUCGGAUUCAGUCCGAUAGGAAAUCGCACAAAUCGAAGAAGCGCGGUGGACUUGCACAGCGAGAGCUUUCCAAUUGGGAGUCAGUCUGCGAGACUCUCUUCAGGGGGGAGAAACUCUUCCUUUGGAAGGAACGACCCUCGGCGGUCCUCCGGCCCUCGGACGCUGCAGAGCCCGAGGAUUACUGUAGUAACCUGGAAGCACAGCUUCACUACUCCCAGAGCCCGCUGACUGCCGAGGAGAUCAGCUUUCCCCUGGCCUUUAUCAUGACUGUGCAUAAAGAGUUCGAGACCUUUGAGAGCCUCUUCAAGGCGAUUUACCGACCUCACAACCUCUACUGUAUCCACGUGGAUGAGAAGUCUCCUGCACAGUUCCACUCGGAUGUACAACGCCUGCAGGGCUGUUUCGGUAAUGUUUUCCUCGCUACCAGGAUGGAGCCCAUUAUCUACGGUGGGAUGUCCCGGUUGGAAGCGGACAUCAGGUGCCUGACGGAUCUCCUACAUCUCCGGACUAACUGGAAGUACGUCCUCAACCUGUGCGGUCAGGACUAUCCUCUCAAAACCAACCUGGAGAUCAUUCGACACCUCAAAACGUUUAAAGGCAAAAACAUUACCCCUGGCGUUCUGCCUCCAAACCACGCCAAAGUCCGCACCAAAUUUGUAUUCAGGCAGGUGCUGUUACCAAAUCGAUCCUAUGUAGCCAAAACCAAAAAGGAAAAAUCCCCACCUCCACACAACAUAACUAUUUACUUUGGGUCUGCCUACUAUGCUUUGACAAUCGAAUUCGUCAAAUUUAUUUUUAAGGACCAGCGAGCUUUGGAUUUGUUACAGUGGUCUAAAGAUACUUACAGUCCUGAUGAACACUACUGGGUAACACUAAACAGAAUACCAGGUGUACCUGGUUCAAUGCCAUCUGCAGGCUGGCAAGGAAAUUUGCGUGCCGUAAAAUGGAGUGAUCAAAAACACCAUGAUGGUUGCCACGGUCAUUAUGUCAGAAAUAUUUGUAUCUAUGGAGUUGGGGAUUUGAAGUGGUUGGAUCAAAUUGACUGCUUGUUCGCCAAUAAAUUUGAACUUCAUUCCCAUCCACCAACUCUACAAUGCCUUGAAUACCGGAUCCUCAAACGAGCUUGGAAUCAGAAUACCAUUGCUCUGCAAUCAACCUCCUGAAAGUGAAUGCAAAAGGAUUCUAAACAUCACGGGACAUGAAAACAAGAACAUAAACUGAUAAACAUUCUGGGAUGUACUUGAUAUUUUUCUUGUUUUUUAAGCUGUUUGAAUGUCGUUUUUGUUUUAUUUCAUCCAGUCUGUUUUUGACACCAUGAAUAUGUUGAAUAUACCCUUUUUUUUAAAAAAAAAGUCCAUGGAUGCACAAUUUCAAAAGUAUGAGAGCCUUCUCUACCAUCUCCUUUUUGGGGAGGAAAAUUUCACUUUAGAACAGUGAGGAAAGUUUUUUUUUUAGGGUAGUAGAAGCAGAGAAGUAACUAGUUAACAUUUGGUUAUAUGGGAACUUGAAUACAUUUUAUGUACUGUAAGAGACAAGUCAUUCAUGCACAAGCCGUGUUUGCACUUUCCAUGAACAGCUGCUCAAUAACUAGGAAAAUGUUGAACUUUUGUUCAUGACAUUUUAUUUGGAUGUCACCUAUUGUUCUAAAAUAAGGUGAUCACUUAUGUUUAUCUGAAGUUGACCACAUAAGCAUUGAGGGAUUGAAGUGCUACUAGGAAAUGGGGCUUGAGCUAUGCCCAGCCUUGAUUCCCUCUGAAGCUUGUACCAAAAGUGGGAUUUAUGAAGUACUGUGACAAAUGAAAGCGUCUGGAACGACUCGCAAAUGUUCUACAAAUGAAGGUGACUACCCUGACUAUUGCAAAUCCUAGACAUUUUAAAAACUGGCUUGUUUGAGUGAAUCCUUUUAAAAAGGGGCUGUGGAAUUCUUGGAAACAUUCUCACGUUUAGUAUUCUAGAAGAAUUCUCUCAAAGGUAAAUGAAGGUAAAGAUCAAUGAAGCUGAAAAUACACUUAAUCUCAAGACGGUAAUAAGAGCACUAUAUUGCAGAUACUGGAAAUCACACAAACAAAAUGCUGGAGAAAUUCAGCAGGUCUGGCAAUAUCUGAGGAGAGGAACCAAAGUUAAUGUUUUGAGUCUGGUAUGAUCCUCUUCUGAACUGCUUGUCAGAUUCCCAAUAUGUAUUCUUCCUGAAGAAUUUGCCAGCCUACUGUUAAAGAUACUGAUUUGACUGCAGUGAAAUCGAUCAUCACUAAAUUAAAGCCUUUUUUCAGUUUUUUUUUAAAUUUUACUGUAAUUUUCACCUGUGCAGUGACAGCACUGGUUGCAAAGAGAUUGUCCUGGUGUUUAGUGCAAGACAAAUAAUUUCUUGAAGGAGAAUAGUAUAAGCACUGAAAUAAACAGCAGCAGCAACUAGUACUUUGCUCAUUUCAUCAGCAUAUUGCAGUUGUUAAUGGUUUUUUUUUUCCCCUAGACAUUUGUAAUGCUUUAAGAUUGCAAAUCAGACAGUCUUGAAGCUUUCUUUUUGUCUUCGUCACCUUACUGACCUAACUGAUUUAAGGAGCUGAUUACACUAUGAUAGAUCAUUUGUUUCAUGUGGGUGCAAUAUUCAUCAUUCACACUUCGAUGCAGUGAUUACUGUGGUCCCUUUUUUUUAAGAAAUAAAAUUGUCUCUGGAGUUUUGGUUUAGCUUUAAAUAUGUAUAUUAAAUACUAGCUCAUUCUUCCAGCAAUUGUUUUCCUCUCCCAAGACACACCUUUUUGUUAAUUUGUGGGAAGGCAGUUUUAAGUUGUUUUAUAAAGUAAUCAUCCAUAAAUAAUUCUCCAAUGUUUGGGGUCACUGUUUGU